UACUUUCUCUCUCCUCACCAAACAAAAGCAAAAGAAAGAUUCAGAAUUUAAGAUUAUUAAGAACACUCCAUCUCUUUCUCUCUCCUCUUUUUCUGGAUAUUUUAUGCGUUGCCCAGUCCUUCUUUUUCCCUCAAAUUCCUGCUUUUUUUUAGUAAUUUUAAUGUCAAUUCUUUCAUUUUCAUCAUAAAUUAUUUCUGUCAUUUUUUUCAAAAGCUUUAAACAUCAUCAUUUCAUAUUCUAAAUCCACGACAAUUACACCCUACUUUCCUUUGAAACUUUUCGAUUCAAUAUUGUUUUUUUUUCAAUUUUCUUCUUUUGAGUUGAGUUUUUUUUUAGUUUGUUGGGAAAGAAAAAUGAAGGGUUAAAUUUGAAUUUUUGGGGGAGGGAGUUUUUUUGAAACAUUGAACAAAUUGAGCUGAAACCCUAAAUUGAAUUUCGCGAAGAGAGAGAAAGAAGGAUGAAUGUUGUUGGAAGACAAAUGCAAAGGGGUGCAACACGUCAAGUUUCUGAUAGUAAUGAUUUCAUCGAAGUACCUUCAAAGUGGCUUCAAUCUGCUAAUCUUCCUCAGGACUAUGGAUUAUAUGGUGCUGAAGGAGGUUCAAAAUGGAGUAGGAAUCCACAAAGGGGUUUGACUUCAGGAAAUGAGUUUCCAUUAGAUCCACCUUCACCAUUGAAUUCGUCUCGGGUUCCGAGUCUUAGCCCGGGAUUGCUUGAUCUUCAUGCAUUUGAUACUGAGCUUAUUCCUGAGAUGCCAAUUCACAAUGCAUUUGAUGGACCUCCGCUUAAUCAACCUGCCCGUAGCAAGAGUCUUGAAGAAUCAGAUAUAUAUCUUGCUGCAAAUAAAAAUGCUAGCAGGGCGAAUUCUGUUGCAAAAAUCAAAGUGGUGGUGCGGAAGAGGCCACUGAACAGAAAGGAGAUGGCUAAGAAAGAGGAUGACAUUAUAACCAUAGAGCGAAAUUCUAAUGCUUUGACUGUUCAUGAGACAAAAUUUAAGGUUGAUCUAACCGAAUAUGUGGAGAAACAUGAAUUUAUGUUUGAUGCAGUGUUCGGUGAAGAUGUCCCAAAUGAUGAGGUCUAUGCUGAGACAGUUGAGCCUGUUGUCCCAUUGAUAUUUCAAAAGACAAAAGCAACAUGUUUUGCAUAUGGUCAAACAGGCAAUGGAAAGACUUACACUAUGCAGCCGCUACCCCUGAGAGCAUCUCAAGACAUCUUGAGACUAAUACGCAAUAGUUAUAGAAACCAAGGGUUUCAACUGUUUGUCAGUUUCUUUGAGAUAUAUGGAGGAAAACUGUAUGAUCUUCUUAAUGAUCGCAAGAGCUUGUGCAUGAGAGAGGAUGGCAAAAAGCAGGUCUGCAUUGUUGGCUUGCAAGAAUACAAAGUAUGUGAUGCUGAAACAAUAAAAGAUCUAAUUGUGAAAGGAAAUGCCUCAAGAAGCACUGGUACAACCGGUGCAAAUGAGGAGUCAUCGAGAUCACAUGCUAUACUCCAGCUUGUCAUUAAGAGAUCAGUUGACAGUAGUGACUCAAAGCCUCCUCGAGCUGUUGGAAAACUUUCUUUCAUUGAUCUUGCGGGAAGUGAACGUGGUGCAGAUACUACAGAUAAUGAUAAGCAGACUAGAAUGGAAGGUGCUGAAAUUAACAAGAGCCUUCUUGCUUUGAAAGAAUGUAUCAGAGCUCUUGACAAUGAUCAGAAUCAUAUACCUUUCAGAGGGAGUAAGCUUACUGAAGUUCUGCGUGAUUCUUUUGUUGGGAACUCAAGGACAAUAAUGAUAUCUUGCGUAUCUCCAAACUGGGGGUCCUGUGAACAUACUCUCAACACACUCAGAUACGCUGACAGAGUUAAGAGUCUGUCUAAAGGGAACAACUCGAGAAGGGAUCUGCCAUCAUCAACUGCACCUAAAGACUCAAAUUCACAACUCUUAAGUUCUGGGUCAGCACACAUAUCGAAUCUUGAGGACACUGAUGGUUUGAGUGGGAGCGGCAGGUUUGGAUGGUCCAGAGAACCUGAAAGAGAAGCCUCUCCAUCUCCCAAAAUAGAACGUGUUCCCAGUGGAAGGGCAGAUAACACAUUUGUUUCUGGAUAUUCAGAUCAUUAUAGGGGACAGAAGGGAAGCCUAACUGACAUGUCAAUGGAUGAUUAUGAUAACACUGAAGAAGUAUUUGAACAAGAGAAGAGUUACCGGAUGAAGAAUAAGAAGGCAGAGACCUAUCAUGUCCAAGCUGCAGAGAAUAGAACGAGGAAAGAUCUUACUGACGUCAGUUCUAAUAACAGGAGUUCCGAUGAUGAUCUUAAUGCAUUACUAAAGGAAGAGGAGGACCUGGUUGCUUCUCAUAGAGGAUUAAUCGAAGAGACAAUGGAACUUGUCAGGGAGGAGAUGAAUUUGCUGAUUGAUGCUGAGCAACCUGGGAAUCAUUUAGAUGAUUAUGUCUCCAGGUUGAACUCCAUUCUUUCACAGAAGGCUGCAGGGAUUCUAAAACUUCAAAGCCAGCUAGCCAACUUCAAGCAACGCCUCAACGAGCAUAAUGUUUUAGUCUCUGCUGCUAGAUAUUGAUUUUACUGACACACCUUCUGUGAGAAGUCAGUACGUCGCAUGAUUGAUAUAAUUCUAAUAUGGAGCUUACUUGAUCGAGCUGGUUUGAUUGUGUUUUUGAUUGGUAUACUUGCUGCACUAGCCUUUACGGCCAGGUAGGGGAUCAAGAAACCGUGCUACAGCCAUGGACAUGGUAAGGUCCAGGCGCCUCAAUUGUGGAUGCUGGCUUGCCUUCAGGGUGGUGGUUUCACCCUUACAGUUGCUGGGCAGUCAUUUUCAUUUGUAAAAGACAGUUUACUUUCGGGAGUUGCAAUCGUAGCUACUCCCUCAAAGACACCCCCUUCCCCCAAAAAAGAUGAAGGAAAGAAAAGAAAGAAUGAAUCACUCCGGCUGGAAGUGAGUUAAUAUAGAAUUGUAAUAUACAACGUCCCUGCUGGUUAGCAACUUUUUUUGAAAGCAUUGCAGCAGUUUAUGUAUGUUCCAUAUCAUGGUGAAAGGGCACUCUUUGACUGGUGCACUGAUUUAUAAAGAAACAAUUACAAUAUUAUUCUA